UAAAAAAAAUAGAUUGUUCCCCUUUCGUGUAGUUUCCAAGAUGUACUUACUACUACUUGUGGCAAUUCUGCUGGGAUCGGCAGUUCAGACCAAGACUUUUGACCGGAUUAUUGGAGGAGAAGAGUGUGUUCCACACUCACAGCCAUGGCAAGUUGCGCUCUAUUAUUUUAGCGACUAUAUCUGCGGAGGAAUUUUAAUAGAUGAAUGGUGGGUACUGACAGCUGCUCACUGCAAUCAGUCGAACCUUCAGGUUCUUCUAGGAGCUCAUAACAGAACCAAACCUACAGACCAUAAGCAAUACACUUAUGCUGUAAAAAUAUGUCCUCGUUGCGACUUUGACCCCGUUACAUAUAAUAAUGACAUCAUGCUUCUCAAACUGGCAUCAAAAGCCAACAUUAAUUGCCACGUGAAAACUAUCCAACUGGCAAGUGACCUGGUGGAAGAUAACACAGAGUGUCUUGCCUCAGGAUGGGGGACCAUCACAAGCCCUGAAGAGAACUACCCAGACAAGCUACAGUGUGUAAAUCUUUCUACAGUGAGUAACAGUGAGUGCCAGGCCUGCUACCCGGAAGAUGAUAUAACCGAAAACAUGUUGUGUGCUGGUAAUAUGGCCGGAGGGAAAGACACCUGUAAGGGAGACUCUGGGGGUCCACUGGUCUGUAACGGAGAGCUUCAUGGAAUCACAUCUUGGGGGCAUUAUAUCUGUGGUUUGCCAGAUAAGCCCGCGGUAUUUACCAAAGUUUUCAAUUACAUCGACUGGAUUAGUGACAUCAUGCAGAAUGAAAACCCCUGCUGCUAUGAAACCACAUAAUUCAUCUGAAUUCGGUUAUUUUGUAAAAGCAUUAAUAACCUCCAUUAAUAAUACAGAUAUAUAAAAAACAA